AUGAGGAUGACCGGGGGGACAGAAAAUCCCACGUCUGUCUUCGCUCUCCUCCCGAAGCAGAGGCUGGAUGAUAAUGGAGAUGAGGUGUCGACAGGGUCGGAGAUAUUUCAAAAGACCCUUUUUUCUCUUGUUUUUCCUCAGCAUUCCCUGUUUUCAGUGUUUUCCAAGUUUGGGCCGCUCUACUCGGUGCGAGUGCACAGAAAUGCUGCCGUGGCAGGGCCCGGGUAUUACGCCAUCGUCAAGUUUUAUUCAGCUGGAGAUGCCAGCAGAGCCCAGCGCGCAUGCAAUGGGCAAAGGCUGUUUCAGAAAUCUCCCUUGAAGGUUUGUGUUUGCACCAAGCAGAAAGGGUUUCAGCAGCAAGUCCUUGCUCUCAACAGCAACAAGUGCCAGGAGUUGGCCAACCACUACUUUGGCUUUAACGGCUGGUCCAGUCGCAUCAUCGCACUGCAGAAUGUAUCUGGCUUUGAUGGUGGGAAUGAGGAACUGGGAGAGACAUUACAGAAGCGAUCUGUGAAAUAUCUGUGUGCUGUAGAGGUGACACUGCCCAACCACGGGGUACGCACCAGGGGAGUUGCCCUCGGCGAGGCAGACAUCGAAAACAGUGAAGAUCCUCUCGAGUUUGUCACAGCCACAAGAAGAGUUCAGAAGCUCGCAGUCGGGAAGGCUUUGUCUAGCGCCUUUCAGAAGAUACUCCUCGUAGUCUUAGAUUUCUGCUUCCUCAAUUUCAGUGUCCACUCCGUUCAGGAAGAGCCAUUUGGUUUUCUGCGGGGAAGACAGGCAGAGAACGGGAAAGUGGCCGUGGAAUAUGAUUCCACCCAAGAGGAGCUCACAGACUCCUUAACAGAAGAGGAACUGAAGGGGCUUGUGCAGGUCAGUGAAUUGUCCUUGGAACAGUUUGACCUCGAAGAAGAAGAAGAAGUUUUGUCUGAUCUCAGUUUUGAUGAUGAGCUCCCUAGCCGGGAGAUGCCAUCUAAUUAGUGCAGCUCUGUCUUCACGUCGUUUCCAAAAGUUCUGCAGCGUUUGAUUAGGAAUGAAAGUCUAACGCUGUGAAAUGACAUGUGCGUCAUAUCUAAUGUUUUCUUUUUCUCCAAAUACGUAACAGCAAAAGAAAUGGGCAAUAAACCUCAUGUUACUAAAAUUAAGCCCAAAAAUGUAUGCUGUUUUUGGAGAGGAAGUGUUUUCUUGUCAACUUAUCCAGGUCAGCUAUAUAUGGAAGCCAGCUUAGCUGCGUGAUUAUUAUUUAGACAGCAUAACAGAUGUGCAUAGCACUUAUAGAAGAAUAAAAGGAAUGAGCCCUCCCUGCAAGAGCCUACAGUUCAGGUUCGCUCUGAUCUGCAGGAGAAAGCUGGAGACGGCAGAAGAAGACAUCUUACCAGCAGGAGUAGCUGUGGUACUUACACACACGGGCACAGAAAAAGAUAAUUUCUCUAAGUGAAAUUUCUCUUAAAGAAAUAAGCCUAAGUCUUGUAAUAAUGUGUUGAGCCACAUGGGUUGAGCCCCAACUACUAGUUGUUGGGACAUUGUCACGAUGUAAAGCAAAGAUUCUUUUUUCAAUAAAUUAAGGUUUUUCAUUAAA